AAAUAUUGUGUUUUAUUCCAGGUGGACUACAUCCACUGCCUAGUCCCGGACCUGAAGGAGAUCACGGCGUGCUCCUUCUACUGGGGCAAGAUGGACCGCUACGAGGCUGAGAGACUGCUCGAUAACAAGCCUGAAGGCACGUUCCUCCUCCGCGACUCCGCCCAGGAGGAGCACCUGUUCAGCGUGUCGUUCCGCAAGUACGGGCGCUCGCUGCACGCGCGCAUCGAGCACUACCAGCACCGGUUCAGCUUCGACUCCCACGACCCCGCCGUCUUCGCCGCCUCCACCGUCACCAAACUCAUCGAGCAUUACAAGGACCCGGCGUGUGUGAUGUUCUUCGAGCCGAUGCUGACAGCUCCACUGCCGCGCAGCGAGCCAUUCUCUCUGCAGCAACUCGCGCGGGCUGUCAUCGUCUCGCAUACUAGUUACGACG